UGGGAGCGCGAACGAGAUGCGAAUUGUUGAUGAUGUGUACAGAACGGAGUUUUGUUGUUGGGUAGUUGGAUGUGCGCUGUAUACUGUCAAACGUCCUGGAUCUAUUUAACUGACCCAGCUGCAGUCGAACCGAGACAGUUGAAGUCAUAGAUCUACAACUUCAUACAUCUCCAACAUGAAAUUUUCAAACUACGUCUCAGUAACUGUCUUCUCGAUAUUCUCGGUAGCAUCGUGCAUUGAAAACGACACCAAACCAUUCUUCGACGCCAACGGCACAAAACCAAUCCACUAUGGAAUUCUCCUCUUCCCUGGAUUCCAAGCUCUGGACGUCUUCGGACCUCUCGACGUGCUCAACGGCCUCAGCCUCCUCUACCCCUUCCCCAUGCGCCUCACCGUUCUCGCAAACGUGCUAUCGCCCGUGAGCACGCACGUCAAGACGCAGAUGAACCACACGAUGGGCAACGCGCUGACCGACUUCGACCAACAGCUCGUCGUCGAGCGCACUUUCGCCGAGCAACUCGCGCUCCAAGCCCUCCCGGACAUCCAGGCCCCAGUCACGGACCCUAACGUCAACGCGACGACCCCCAGCGAGAAAAUUGACGUUCUGAUCGUCCCUGGCGGCGCAGGCACCCGGCAAGACAUGACGGCUGAGAUCGCCUUCGUCCGCGAAAUGUACCCCUCCCUCAAAUCCAUCAUGUCCAUCUGCACUGGCGCCACCAUCCUUUCCCGCGCCGGCAUCCUGGACAACAAGCGCGCGACGACGAAUAAGCGGGCCUGGAAAUGGGCGACGGGGACCGGACCAGCGGUCAACUGGGUCGGCGAGGCGCGCUGGGUCGUCGACGGGAACAUUGUGACGUCCUCGGGGGUGUCUGCGGGUAUGGACGCUACGUAUGCUUUCGUGGGGUUGAACUAUGGGAAGGAGGUUGAGGAGAAUUUGGCGAACAGCGCGGAGUAUGUGAGGUGGGUUGAUGCGGCUUAUGAUCCGUUUGCGCAUGUUUGGAAUGUCACUGAGCCGUUUAAUGGGACGGCGCCGGUGGUGGGGAAGUGUUGAGGGGGGUGGUGAUGAUACAGCAUGUCUUCAUUGGUUUUGAAUUUUUAGAAGCUUUAUUGGUGGCGGUUAUUGUUGGGUGUUUGGCUUUUCGAAGACUAUAAGCUUUGCUCAAGAUCAGAAUGGCGAGUUAUAAAAAAAUGAACUGUAAUGUAAUACCUUGACUCUCUUGCUCUUCCAGUAAAUUGUGAACUGCCACUCUUAUGUAACCUCCCAAUAUGGACGGUUUCGAGAUCCAAAUCUCUUUUCCUGCAAUCUUGGUUGAAUGCCAUGGACGUUC